UCUGUUCUUACUUCACUGACCUAUAACUGCUCCACAUUUGUGUGGUUGUUUGCUGCAAUGGCUGCUUCUUCCACAUUUUCUGCAUGGACCUUGAAGGGCAGUGCACUUGUUCCCAAGGCAUCAAAGAGCAACCCUGAAUUUGUUUGCAAUUAUCUGGAUGGUAGUAUUAAACAAAAAUUGCAUUCUAUGUCCAUGUCUGCAUCUGCCGACACAUCGCAUUCAUGGAUAUUCCCAUAUGAGAAAGCAAUUGACUGGAGACGAGGAAAGUUGUCGCUCAAGAGUGGAGUACAAUGCAGAGCAUUGGACGUCGAAACUAAACCUUCCUUUUCAGUAGGGAAUAAGUUUGAACUUGAAGAUGUCAUUGAAGGUCAGCAGUUUGAUAGAGAUACUCUAGGUGCCAUAUUUGAGGUAGCACUUGAGAUGGAGAAAAUUGAGAAGAACUCUGCUGGAAGCCAAGUUCUUAAGGGGUAUCUGAUGGCCACCCUAUUUUACGAGCCAUCAACCAGAACUAGGCUGUCCUUUGAGUCUGCUAUGAAACGUUUGGGUGGGGAAGUAUUGACUACAGAAAAUGCGCGUGAGUUCUCGUCAGCAGCAAAAGGGGAGACACUUGAAGAUACUAUAAGAACAGUUGAAGGGUACGCUGAUAUAAUAGUGAUGAGACAUUUUGAAAGUGGUGCUGCCAGAAGGGCAGCAGCAACAGCCAAUAUUCCAAUUAUCAAUGCCGGUGAUGGCCCUGGACAGCAUCCAACUCAGGCUCUGCUGGAUGUUUACACUAUUCAAAGAGAGAUAGGAAAACUUGAUGGGAUUAAAGUUGGACUUGUCGGAGAUCUAGCCUAUGGAAGGACAGUCCGGUCACUCGCCUAUUUGCUUGCCAAGUACAAGGAUGUUAAAAUCUACUUUGUGUCACCUGAAGUAGUAAGAAUGAAGGAUGACAUAAAAGAUUAUCUAACAGCUAUGGGAGUUGAAUGGGAAGAGAGUGCAGAUUUAAUGGAGGUGGCUUCCAAAUGUGACGUGGUGUAUCAAACCCGCAUUCAGCGGGAAAGAUUUGGUGAGAGAAUUGAUCUUUAUGAAGAAGCUCGUGGUAAAUACAUUGUGGAUCGCAAUGUGUUGGAUGUGAUGCGGAAACAUGCAGUCGUGAUGCAUCCUCUACCAAGGCUUGAUGAGAUAACUAUUGAUGUGGAUGUUGAUCCAAGGGCUGCCUAUUUCAGACAAGCCAAGAACGGUCUCUAUAUUCGCAUGGCUCUCUUGAAGCUUUUACUUCUUGGUUGGUGAAACAAGAGUGCUCCGUCCAGGUUGGCGAAAGAUAUGCAUGUUUCCCACAAAAUUCCGAGUGGAUUUCCUCCUUGAGGACACAACUUGCUCAAACACUAUUCUUGCCUUCUCCUCACUGCAAGCGCAAAGUUUCUGGCUCUGGGAGUUGCAUUUAACUUCUGUUCUGGCAGAUUUCUACAGAAAAGCAACUCAUAAUAACCUUUAUUCAACUUCAGAUUUAGAUUCUUGGCCUUCAACUUUUCUGAAACUACAACUCCAGGACUUCCUAUCUAUGCUAACCAAAAAGCUGCCUCUGCCCGUAGUUGCAUGAGACAGAUUCAAAAGGCACGACUUUAGUAGUGUUGCUGGCUUCUUACAUAGCAAUUAUGUUUACAUAAAUAAGAAAGUGCCAUAAAGCAAUUGGUCUUCA